AUGGAGCCUCCUUCUAAGAAGAUGCGCAAGCUCUUGGAGCAUGACAGCGAUAGCGACUCUGGGGAUGAUGCUGGUGGAGUUCUCCUGGGCAAGCAGUCGCCUGAUGCGGGUUUCAAGAUCAAUGAAGACUACGCUCGUCGAUUCGAACACAACAAGAAGAGAGAAGAAGUUGCGAGACUGGAAGCAAAGUAUGGCAAGUCCUCCAGCCUUGGAAACCGCCAAGUUGAGGACUCUGAGGAUUCCGAUUCUGAAGAAGAGGAUGACGAUGCAGAGCUUGCUACACUAGCUCUGGAUGCUGAGAUCUCAGCGACUUUGCAGGCUAUUCGUUCUAAGGAUCCCCGCGUCUACGACAAAGAGGCCAGCUUCUACACCAAGUUCGACCCGGAAGCUGCCAAUGCCGCGAAGAAUCCCAAGGAAAAGUCGAUGACUCUGCGAGAGUACCAUACUGAAAAUCUUCUGGGUGGUGUCAACCCAGCCGAGGAGGAAAAUGUCCCCAGAACCUACGCCCAGGAGCAAGCCGACUUGAAGAACGCCAUUGUCAAGGAGAUGCACGGAGCGGCAGACAAGUCGGAUGAGGAAAUGGAAGAUGCGGACGAUUUCAUGGUCCGCAAGCCUGGUCAGGACAUUUCGUUGCCCAAGCAGGAAAUCAAACUCGACAUUGAAAAUGCGGACAAAGACCCUGAGACUUUCUUAUCCAACUUCUUGUCAGCACGAGCCUGGAUUCCUGCCGACAGGCCAGAGCUUCAUCCGUUUGAUUCGGAUGAUGAUGACGAUGAUGCGAGGGCCGACGCCUUCGAGGAAGCUUACAACUUCCGUUUCGAAGACCCCAACAAGAUGAAUGAGGUGAUUGUCACCCAUUCUCGUGAUCUCACCAACAAGCAAUCAGUCCGUCGUGAGGAAAAGAGUUCCCGUAAGAAGAUUCGCGAUGCCGAGCGUCAAUUGAAGGAGGAGGAGAAGAAGCAGCGCGAGACUGAGAAGAACCGUCUUCGUAAGCUGAAGACUGAGGAGCUCCAGAAGAAGGUCAACCAAAUCAAGGAGGUUGCGGGUCUUCGGGCCUCAAACUUCACGGACGAAGACUGGUCUCGUUUCCUGGACGCUUCCUGGGACGAUUCCAACUGGGAAUCGGAGAUGCAAAAACGUUUUGGUGAGGAUUAUUACGCCGGAGAGGAGGGCCAAGACAGUGAAAAUGAAGAAAGCAAGAAGAAGAAGAAGCCUAAGAAGCCUACAUGGGAUGAUGAUAUCGACAUCAACGACCUGAUUCCAGACUACGAGGAUGACGAAGCCAAACCGACAGUCGAAGUAUCGGAAGCCGAAGAGGAAGAUGAUGACGAAGCUUCCGGUUCAAAGAAGAAGAGCAAGGCUGAAGAGAAGCGAAUUCAAAGACGCGAAGCCCGCAAGGACCGUCUGCGCAUCGACGAUGCGGUUGAGCGCAAUCUGGAUCUCGAUAUCACCCUGCUUCCCGGUGCCACAAAGAAGAACGCCACAAAGUUCCGCUACCGUGAAACCUCCCCACAGAGCUUUGGCUUGACGGCGCAGGAUAUCCUCAUGGCAGACGACACACAGCUCAACAAGUUCGCUGGUCUGAAGAAGCUGGCUUCCUUCCGCGAAGAAGCGCAGAAGCAGCGCGAUCAGAAGAGACUGGGCAAGAAGGCCCGUCUUCGUGAAUGGCGUAAAGAUACUUUCGGUGACGAAAAUGGGCCGGAGUUCAAGUUCGGCGGCGAUGCCAAACCUAGCCAGUCUGACGAGCCUACUGAUGAAGCUAAGGUUGACAUCCGGGAAGGUGAUGGCUCAAGGAAGAAGAGAAAGAGGUCGAAGAAGCACUAG